AUGGGAUUUGUUCCUGAAUAUAGCGAGAAAGGCGAUCAAAAGAGACCUGACCAGGCAGAGGUGGAAGAAGCGCAUCCGGAGGAUACGUCGAACCCUGUUAUAGAGUCUGCAGGACCGCAACAAUCGACGUCGCCGCAGACUGAUCGGAGCGUCAAGCGCUUACAAGACACCCACAUCCAAAGCCCAUCCGCAGAACGUUACGAGUUUGCCUUGCAUGGGCUUCUGGCACUUGGAAAUGGGAAUAGUGGAGGUGAUGUCAAUGCUGAACCUGAAGUCAACUUUGCGACCAUAGACUUUGCGGAAACAGAUCACGCAACGCUGCCCAGUCAAACUAGUGUCGCCAUGGAUCGUAUUCAGACAGAGCCGAACCCGAUGAUCGUUGGAGAAUGCCAAGAAAGACCGAAAUUGCAGCCUUGGCCUUCAAUCAGCACAAUAUCUUCCGUUGAGAUGCCGCAGAUGACCGAUGAGCGUGUUUUGGAGUUCCUCAAGCAUUAUCGAUACAAUAUCGCGCCGUGGAUGGACAUUUGCGACAUGAACCAAUGCUUCGGCUGCGAGGUGCUCCAGCUGUCCAAGAUCUCUUCCCCCGUUCGGCUUGAAACACUGGCGCUUGCGGAAGCUUCCCUUAGUGCUCGCCACCAACUUCAGGAUGUUACUGUGGACAUGCUUGCGCGCAUGCAGCGACAAAAGGUGCCCGCAGGAGAAAAGGUCCACAAAUCCCUUCUAAUUACCCUUGAAACCGUUAAAGCUGUUGUCACCAACUUAUCAGGAUUCUGGAAUCUCCAGGACAGCGUCUGGUGCACACGACAUGUGCUCGAACCGCUGCUUUUCGAGGUCAAUCAAGACCCAAUCGGAAACAGUGAUCCAUUAGCACCUGCAGCCUUUUGGCUGAUAGCGAGACUACGUAAGUAUUGCAUUAUUUUGAUAGGAGAGAAGCAGAAUCCUUAUUACAAACUUCGAUUGAACACUGCCGGGUUCUACCCCAGCAAGUAUCAUUUGGAGCUUAGUGUUGGACUAUCUCUUGCAUAUUGGCCUCGGUGA